AUGCGUGAGAUCUUACCAUAUCAAGGCACUUUUAGCUUCAUAUCGAGCCGAUUAGAAAGCAACAUCAAGAGCUUCCUACCCCACUACGACAAGAAGGAUCCAAGGACAUGGCCUUAUGUGACUUUGGCAACCAUCGAGGAGGUUCGCCAUUACUACGGCUACCCAGAUCUUCCAGCCGGCAUUGCUUACCAGCGGUCGGUCCUGCUGCGAUACCACGCCAUGUACUCGGCUGAAGAUCGCAAGCACAGCGUAUCUCUAAACGGCUCGUUUCAUGAAAGAUAUCCUUGCAACUACGACCAAUACGAUCAACUGAAGGACUCGGCCGGCAUGUCCAAAGCGGAGUAUCAGAGAUACAUGGCAAACGUCGCCGAAGACAUCGUAUACAUCACAGAAGACACAUACGAUGAUGAUUUACGCCUUCCAAUGCACCAAUCGGCUACUCCAGGAGGAAACAGGACUCUGAAUAGCGAGUGCUGCGCAAACACCAGAUGCAUCGAAACCAGACGCGAAGCCACCAAGCUCCGCAAGGAACUCUCGCACAAGGAACACCAACUCAUACAAUCCCAGCAGAGUCUCGAAGAACUCGAAGCAAUCCAAGAACGCAGACACAAUGCACCAAGCGACACACAGGUCGAACUCGAGAAGCAGCGCCAACGCGCAGAUGCCGCGGAGCGCGAAUGCGAGAUCCGUAAGGCAAACAAUGUCAAGCAGUUAUGGCGUGUACGAGAGCUAGAAAGACAAGUGGUUCAGAAAGAUGAGCUGGAAGCGUAUUGCAGUCAGUUGAAGGAGGAGAUUGACGUGCUCAAGGGGAAGCGAAGGCGAGACGUUGUGGAGUCUGAUCCUGACGAGGAUUUGAUGGAGGGAUACAUAUCUAGUGCCAAAAAGACAAGGUCGUCUAGUGUAGAUUGGUCGUAG